UUGUCCUGAACUGAAAGCUCAGUGCGUUCCAUCCAUCCUGUCAACUUGAAACCAAGGGGGAAAAGGAAGUCGCCAAUGGCGGGGAAAUCUGAAGCUGCUCCCCAUCCCUACGUCCCCGCAGAUCUGCAACUCUCCGAAUAUGUUCCCGUUUCACUCCCAUUCUCCACCAUUAUCGGCGUCUAUUUCCUCUCUUCCAUCCUGGUCACUUCUCUCGUCUGGACCCUCUCCGGACGACUUCCCAAAAAAGCUAAGAUUGAGAGGUUGCUCAUGUGCUGGUGGGUAUUUACGGGCCUCACCCACAUGAUUUUGGAGGGUUAUUUUGUUUUCUCUCCAGAAUUUUACAAGGACAAGACUUCUUUCUACCUUGCUGAAGUCUGGAAAGAAUACAGCAAGGGAGAUUCUCGAUACGCUGCUAGAGAGUCGGGAAUUGUGAGUAUUGAAGGACUGACUUCCGUUUUGGAGGGUCCAGCGUGCAUCUUAGCAAUGUAUGCAAUAGCAACAGAAAAGUCAUACAGUUACAUACUGCAGUUUGCUAUAUCAUUGGGGCAGCUUUACGGGACUUUUUUGUACUACAUAACUGCUGUGUUGGAUGGUGACAACUUUUCUUCUGGCCCAUUUUAUUACUAUGCAUACUACGUAGUGGCAAAUUCCUUCUGGAUUCUUAUUCCCUCGCUUAUCGCCAUACGGUGUUGGAAGAAAAUUUGUGCAGCAAUGAACAGUGAAGGCCACAAGAAAAGAAAAAUUCGCUAAGCAGUUCUCAACAAUUAAUUUAUUUUGUGGACGUAUAUCUCAGAUUCAUGAAAAGUUGGUUGUCCACACCUGCACAAAAUUCUUAUUGAAUUGUACUAAAAAAUAGUUGUGUAACAUUCAGAACACAAGACAGUUUGUGGAGUUUGAACUUUUGAAAGUCUGUCCAAGAUGAUGUGCUUACACGGAGUUAGUUAUGUUGAUUCUGCAAUUUCUGGGUGUCGAAUUGACAUAGAUGAUUCCAGUUAACUGUAGGGUCAUCUCGACAACUUUUUUGGGACACUGGUUAAAUUGUUUCUCAGAUCUUUGUUGUUGUAACUUGUAUGUCAGCAAAUCUGCUUCUCUCUUACUGUAUGCUUCAAUGUAUGGAUGGACUGUACUAUAAAUGAGCAGAAGGGAAUGAGUGAUUGUUUGAGCUAGUUAAUCUUUGAAUGUAGCGAUCACCGUGUCGAAUUA